GUGGGGACCCGAAGGGCGGUGGAGCGGGGCGCUGGAGCCCAGCGGGGUCGGGCGGGGAGCGGGGGCAGCCCGGGGCUGGCUGGGGGGGCCGCCUGCUGUUCUCCCUGCCCCGCCGCCUGCAGCACUGCCGGCCCGGCCGCCUCUCCUCGCGUAAGGGAAUCGCGCCUGUGCCACCCGCUAGGGAACUGGAAACUUUUCAGCGCCGCUUCUCGGCUGCUCGCUCGCUCUGUCUGUCUGUCGCGGUUCCCACAGCCGAUGCCCCCCCGCCGUCCUUUUGCCGAGCCCCGGCUCGGCGCUGCCCCCGCGGCCCCCUGCCAGCCGGGGGGGGCCCGGCAGCGCGGGCUGAGCGCGGGGGUCCGGAGCCGCGGCGGGGGCUCGGCGCGGCGUAGUCACGGCGGGGACACGUCCCUGCGGCCGGGGGGCGCGGGGGGAGCCCCUGCCCGCUGCCGGGCAGUUCUGCGGCGGGACCCAGCCCCGCCAGGUGAACUCGCCGGGCCGCUGCUGUUACUUGGGGCCGUCAAACACCGGCAGCGGAAUCCGGAGGCAGAUUUCUUGGGCGAUAACAAAGCCACGUCGCCACUUCAGGGCUCUGCCACAAUUCCGUAGGAGAAAAAAAAAAAAAAAAAAAAAAUCACCGAGGGAGGGGGGGAUCCAGUGUCUUGCACAUCCAGUGCGAGGGUCUCCAGGCGGUAAGGGGUCCUUUGAUCAAGAAAAUCCAAUUAUUUGUGUAUAUACAUUUCCCACAUAGUGAUUACUUCAUUAAUUGUCCCGCCUUUAUCUCCUCCCUUCCCAUCCCCCCUAAUAAUCAGUUCUUUUAUCCAGACCAACAAACACACCAUAGGAGCUUUGUGGAUUCAAAGGAUUUGCUUUCGCUUCUGAAAGAGCCGCUAUUCUUUGAUGAUUGGGUAGCGGCAAACUUCAAAGCCAUAAAUCUUCCCUCUGACUGGCUGGCGGCCCAGCAAAGUCCUUAUCAAAUUCUUGGAGGUGAUCCUGGUGCAGGCAGACGGGCCGCGGAGAUCGCGCGGCGCGGGGGGGUGGCACAGGCACGGAGGCGAGGGGAGCGGAGCGGGAGCGGAGGGGAAGCGAAGCGAAGCGGGCAGCUCCUCGCCUUCCCCGCGGCGUCUCCAUGCCUCGGCAGUGCCCCGGCGCCGUCCCCUCGCCCCGGGCGCAGUAGCCAUGGCCGCGGUAGCCGUCCUCCGGAACGACUCCCUCCAGGCUUUCCUCCAGGACCGCACCCCCAGCGCCUCCCCGGACUUGGCCAAGCACUCGCCGCUGGCUCUUCUGGCCGCCACCUGUAGCCGGAUCGGACAGCCGGGCGCGCCGCCCUCGGAUUUCCUGCAGGUCUCCUACGACCCGACGCUGGGAUCCCCCUCCAGGAUCUUCCACCCGUGGAGCGGCGAGAUGCCCGCGCACUCCCCGGGGGGGCUGCCGCCGCCGCACCCCAGCCUGGGGCUGACCCCGCAGAAGAACCACCUGCAGCCCUCCUUCGGGGGGGCGCACGAGCUGCCCCUCACCCCCCCGGCGGACCCCUCCUACCCCUACGAGUUCUCCCCCGUCAAGAUGCUGCCGUCCUCCAUGGCCGCCCUGCCGGCCAGCUGCCCCCCCGCCUACGUCCCGUACGCCGCCCAGGCCGCCCUGCCGCCCGGCUACUCCAACCUGCUGCCCCCGGCGCAGCCCUGCCGGCAGCUGUCGCCCAACCCGCCGCCCGAGGACAUCCCCUGGUGGAGCAUCCAGCAGCCCGGCGCCCCGGCCGGCUGCGGCCACCGCUUCCCCGCCGCCGCCGCCGCGCUGCCGCGGAGCCUGGUGCUGGGCCACUCGGACUUCGCCCAGUACCAGACGCAGAUCGCCGCCCUGCUGCAGACCAAGUCUCCCCUGGCGGCCACGGCCAGGAGGUGCCGCCGCUGCCGCUGCCCCAACUGCCAGUCGGCCGCUGGCAGCGCCCCGGAGGCGGAGCCGGGCAAGAAGAAGCAGCACAUCUGCCACAUCCCCGGCUGCGGCAAGGUGUACGGCAAGACGUCGCACCUGAAGGCGCACCUGCGCUGGCACACGGGCGAGCGGCCCUUCGUCUGCAACUGGCUCUUCUGCGGCAAGAGCUUCACCCGCUCCGACGAGCUGCAGCGGCACCUGCGGACUCACACGGGCGAGAAGCGCUUCGUCUGCCCCGAGUGCGGGAAGCGCUUCAUGCGCAGCGACCACCUGGCCAAGCACGUCAAGACCCACCAGAACAAGAAGCUGAAGGCGGCGGCGGACGGCGUCAAGCGGGAGGACGGCCGCGACCUGUGACCGCCGCGCGGGGCAGGGACCCGGGGCAGGGGGCGCGGGCGGCGCCGGGGGGAGCCGCGGGGCCCCGGUCGCGGUCCCGGUGCCUGUCCGGGCGCUGCCUCCCCCCGCUGCCCCCCGGGGCGCGGCCGCUGGGGCGGGAGCGGGGCGGCCAGCGCGGGGCCCGGCCCUCGGUGCUUUCAGGGGAAAAGACUGGCGUUGCGUGUACAGGUUAUUUAACGGUUCUCUAUGGACACGAGUGUUUCUUCCCUCCUCCUCCUCCUCCUCGGCUCCGUGCAGGGCCCCAGCAUGAAACGUUUCUGUAAAGCGACCCGCGAUUGCAGCGUGAAAAUAAUAAACACGUUAACACUGGGGCCGCGCUGGGGACGUCCCGCCGAGUCGCCGUCGUUUGAUCGCCCCGGGGCUCCCCGCUGAGGCGCGGCCGGGCCGGGCCCCUGGCGGAGCGCAGCGCCCCGUGGCGGGGGAGGCGCCCGGCAGCCGCUCCAGGGAAACACCUCCAGGAGCUCCCGCUGCCCGCGGCCGGCCCGGGUUCUAUUUAUUUAUUUUUUUCCCUCCACGUGGAGCCGUGAGCGUAAAGGGGGAGCACGUGGAGCCGCCGCUGGGAGUCACUGCGCGGGUCCGUGCGGCGGGCCGGGCUUUGGCUGUGAGCAGAGGUAGGCAGGCGGGGACACCCGCCUCGGGGGCCGGGCUGCAGGGCUGGAGGCAGCCAGCCCUUCCCUGCCCUUCGCUGCCUGUGGCGCGGCACUGCCAAAACGUGCCUUCAGCAUCGUACCUGUGGGCAGACCCGCGGAGUUUAAGGGUAAAAUGCCUUCCCUCCUCCCCGUGUGCCGAAAUGGCGGCCGCUUUGCUGCUGAGGGGAAGGUGCUCGGCCCAAAGCUGUGUUCCAAAGUACCUGGUAGUUGUUAGAGCUUUUAGGGUUUCCUAUGUGUCGUUAGGCAUCGCGUCAGUUUAGGCUGACAUUAAUGUUGGCAAAGUUAUUUGAAAAUAAUGAGAAUUUUUGCGUAGCGAGUUCCCUAUUUCUUUUUCUGACUGAAAAUUGUAUAAAACAAACCGAUGAGGAACCUGAUCAAUCAUUUGCUAAAUCUUGCUUUUAAACAUCGAGAAUAUGUUAUUUUGCCAUAUAUUUUCACCAAGUCAGCUCUAUUCUGUGGUUGCCUAAUGAGACAGACAAACAAGAAGUGCUGCCCGAAACUUCGCUCGGACUGAGCUGGAGCCAGACUGCCGCAGAUGGGUUCCUCCGGUGGCGGUUGUCAAACAAGCUUUGGCACAGCCGUAAUUACAGAGAUCCCCUUGGCCAAGGAGUUCGGAAUCAAGAGAAACAACAACUUGAUAGAUGUUCGUCACAGCAGAAUGUGUAAAACUGAUGUGGGUAUAUGUGUGUUAAAUACUGGAAAGAAUAUAUUCUCUCAGGAAAUAAUGAGAUGAGACAGUAUCAGUAGAGCUCUCGCAUCUAAAAUAAUGAGAAGUUAAUGGACAGUUACCACAGUACAGCUAUUCAACAGUAUUUUAGUGUUUAUUAUUCUGAAUUAAUUUCUCACACCAAAUUCUUAGGGUCAAAUAAUUUAAUUAAAAAACAAUCAGUUGUUUACUACUACAGAACCUUCUAUAAGCUGUCCUAUGAUAGAAAGCAUUAAGCAAAACACCUUUGGCAUCACUGGUUAGCACUCUUGCCAGAGAUUUCGUCUCUAGAAGUAUGUUGAAGGAUACAAUAGUGAUUUAGUGAUGCAGAAAGAGUGCCGGCAACAGAGGCAAUAACGGACCCAAUCCAGAAGUUCUCACUUUAAAAAGUCAUUGAGACAACAACGCAUCCCAUUUGCAACAGACACUUAAACAUGUCAUCUAGCAUAAUCUUUCUGCUUUUUAAAAUGUUUCCUGGCAAUCAGAGGCAACUUCCUUCCUUUCUUUGAGAUUAAGUUACAUUAAGAAUGUAAGAAUUCAAGACUGCUUUAAAAAUAGUUUGUUUCACUAAAUAGCCGUUCAGUUCUAUGUACAGAUCAGACCUACCUAAAAUGGACAGUAAUGGAAAGUGGUUGUGUUGAACACAGUGGAGGGGAAGUGACAGUAUCCCCGAGUAUGAAAGAUCCGCUUAUAGGAUAGAAUCAUGUAUUUGGAUGUUGCCACCGGAGAAUGGCCUUUCCCUGCUAAGUGCCAAGAUCAAGAGGAAGCAUUGGCGUGAAGUGAAGCAGUGUAUGGGCUGCUUUUGGCACAAGCUUAGCCUGAGUAAGAACUAGAGAACAGCUCUGGUAGAGCAGAUGUAACUAGCAGAAAAUAGCCAGAUAAUUAUCGUGAUUUGUAAGCCGGGCCAUUAUGGAAAGAUUUUGCUCCAGUUAGAUGACAAAGUGAAUAUACCCAGCAUCUGCGUUGACUGGUCUAGCCAGAUUCUUUUGGGUUCUUACUCAGUUCUCAAGACAGAACAUGUACUGAAACACUGACAGCUUUACCACUCCCUCAGUUACUUGCAGGCCCACACUUUAGGCUUUAACCAAUAGCUAUAUCCCAGGGUAUAGGGCCAGCACCAUAUUCAGAGUGAGGGUGGUAAAUGUUUAAAUAUACAUAUAUGUAAAUCAUGUUGAUGCUGUAGCCUUUGCACCUUGUAUAAUGUCUGUAUAACAUCUGCAUUUAAAGCAUGAAAGUGCACAGGUUAAAAAUAUGUACGAUCAAAAUUAGUUAAAUAUCUGUCAUGAGAGAUGCAUUUAAUUGAAAAUCCAUGAUGUCAAAUGCUAAUUAAAAUCUUAAUCUGUGAGAACAGUUUA